GCAGUGACACAGUGGCAGACCUCUCACCUGGCUGUGUGGUCUGGUCUCUGUGCCUCCUGGGCCCUCCUUUUGGGCCUCAUCCUCUGCCGCCUUCCCUCUUCACUUGGCGCCUCACUAGUCUCUUGCUCAGUUGCUUGGGGCAGAGACUUUGGAGGAAAUACACAGCCCCACAUCGAGCUUUUCCUUCCUCCCAGGGCUGGUGCGGACUUGGGCCAGUCCCAGCCUCCUCCUCCGCAUCUCCCUGCACAGCCCACAUCCUUCCCUGUCUCCUUGGUGCCCCCUGUCCCUGAGCUCCCUGGGCUCCGGGGCUGUGCCCAAGUGCCCUGCCUGGCCCCUUCUCCAAGCACACAUUCCUGCAACCCCGUGACCACAGCUGGGGACAUUACACAUUCCUGGCCGGGCAGCCAGUGAUGUAAAAAAGAACAGAAUGUCCCAGGGCCCCGCCCAGCCCCCAGCUCCACCUGGGCCCCUCCCUGGGCUGGACGAGGUAGGGGUGCAGGUGAGGAGUCGUGAGGGGGGAGGCUGGACCAGCUCAGACUGGGAGAAGGGUGCUCUGUGCCUGGUGCCAGGGCUCAUGAAGGGAGACAAGCGCGAGGAGCCCGAGGCGGGCCCCGAACCUGCGGCCCCCGCGCCGCCCAUGGACGAGGAGGAGGCCCUGCUGGAGUUCCACCACUCCUACCGGGAGCUCUUCCAGUUCUUCUGCAACAACACUACCAUCCACGGCGCCAUCCGCCUGGUGUGCUCGCAGCACAACCGCAUGAAGACGGCCUUCUGGGCCGUGCUCUGGCUCUGCGCCUUCAGCAUGAUGUACUGGCAGUUCGGCCUGCUCUUCGGAGAGUACUUCAGCUACCCCGUCAGCCUCAACAUCAACCUCAACUCGGAGAAGCUCGUCUUCCCCGCCGUCACCGUGUGCACCCUCAACCCCUACAGGUACACGGAAAUUAAAGAGGAGCUGGAGGAGCUGGACCGCAUCACAGAGCAGACGCUCUUCGACCUGUACAAGUACAACUCCUCCAACACCCUCGUGGCGCACGCCCGCGGCCGCCGCGACCUGCGGGAGUCCCUGCCGCACCCCCUGCAGCUCCUGCCGGUCCCGGCUCCGCCCCGCGCCGCCAGCAGAGUCCGCCGAUCCGGCUCCAGCCUGAGGGACAACAACCCGCAGGUGAACAGGAAGGACUGGAAGAUCGGCUUCCAACUGUGCAACCAGAACAAGUCGGACUGCUUCUACCAGACGUACUCAUCAGGGGUGGAUGCAGUGAGGGAGUGGUACCGCUUCCACUACAUCAACAUUCUGUCCAGACGGCGGGACCCCUCUCCAGUGCUGGAGGAGGACGCGCUGGGCAAAUUCAUCUUCGCCUGCCGCUUCAACCAGGCCUCCUGCAAUGAGGCGAAUUACUCCCACUUCCACCACCCGAUGUACGGGAACUGCUACACCUUCAAUGACAAGAACAGCUCCAACCUCUGGAUGUCCUCCAUGACUGGGGUCAACAACGGCCUGUCCCUGAUGCUGCGUACAGAGCAAAAUGACUUCAUCCCGCCUCUGUCCACGGAAGCCGUGAAAAGACUUGGGGGUGACUAUGGAGACUGCACCAAGAAUGGCAGCGACGUCCCAGUGGAGAACCUUUACGGUACCAAGUACACGCAGCAGGUGUGUAUCCAUUCCUGCUUCCAGGUGAACAUGGUCAGGGAGUGUGGCUGUGCCUACAUCUUCUACCCGCCGCACAGGGGUGCGGAGUUCUGUGACUACAGGAAACAUAAUUCCUGGGGCUACUGCUACUAUAAGCUCCAGGAUGCCUUCUCCUCAGACCGCCUGGGCUGUUUCACCAAGUGCCGGAAGCCGUGCAGCGUGACCACCUACAAGCUCUCUGCUGGUUACUCACGAUGGCCCUCGGUGACAUCCCAGGACUGGGUCUUCCAGAUGCUGUCCCGACAGAACAGUUACACCGUCAAGAACAAGAGAGACGGAGUUGCCAAACUCAACAUCUUCUUCAAGGAGCUGAACUACAAAACCAACUCUGAGUCUCCCUCUGUCACGAUGGUCACCCUCCUGUCCAACCUGGGUAGCCAGUGGAGCCUGUGGUUCGGCUCCUCUGUGCUGUCGGUGGUGGAGAUGGCCGAGCUCAUCUUUGACCUCCUGGCCAUCACGUUCCUCAUGCUGCUCCGGAGGUUCCAAAGUCGAUACUGGUCUCCGGGCCGAGGUGGCAGCGGUGCCCGGGAGGUGGCCUCCAUGCCAACCUCCGCCUUCCCCUCCCGUUUCUGCCCCCACCCCGCAUCCCCGUCCUCAUUCCCGCCGGGCCCCGCCACCUCCCUGGCCUUGUCAGCCCCUCCCCCUGCCUAUGCCACCCUGGGCCCCCGCUGGACUCCAUCAGGCUCCACGGAGGCCAGCGCCUCUACACACACCGCGGGGGAGCCCUGAGAGGGAAGGACGGUGUCCCCUCCCCGAGGCAGGCACGUCCCUCGGUGGGAGGGGACCAGCCUUGGCAGGAUUAGAGAAUGUUCGGGGCUCUGCCUCUCAGAGCUGCCCAGCUGCCUGUGCUGUGGGGCAGGGAAGCAGGCUGCAUAGGGGGCUGAGGAAAUUGUCUGGAGGACCGCGGCCAGCACGGCCUCGGUUGCUGCCCUGUACCCGCUGGUCCUGCCUCAAGAACACUCCGGCUUCCCCACCCGAGUGCAGAUGAGUCCUCUUUUCCCUUGGAUCAGCCAAGCCAAACUUGGAUCUUUGACAAAGAACUUUCCUAGGAAACAACUGACAACCAGAACAAAACACUCACCAGGGCACACAAAGGCAGGCACGGCUUCCUCCUCCAAGAUGACUGGAUCCAGCCCCUGAGUGGCCCUCCACGCUGCUUUCCAGGCACACAGACAUUUGCUCCUCUUCUUGAACUUGGGUGGGGAACCCCACCCAAAAGCCCCCUUGGUUCGUUGCUAGGCAAUUCCCUUUCCCUGACUCCCAGGUUAGGGGCCAGAACAGCCCAGUUGUAGUAAAGACUUGGCCAUUCCCAGUCGGAGUCCCAGGACUCUUCCAGCCUCACAACCCCAUGCCCCCACGGAGCCACACCCCAGCGCCUCUGCCCUGCACCCCUGUCCUUUGGAACUCUGUGCAUUUGCUCAAGCUAUUUCCUUAGCCUGGAAGCUUCUCCCACCACCUGCUGGAGAAACUCCUACGCGUCCUUUAGACUCUUGCUCGGAUACCAUUACUUCUGUGCGGGCUCCCGCCCCAUCUUGCCUCGCCCAGACGUGACCACUUCCCUAUCCUGUGGACUCCCCUAGCACACCAUAACAUCCAUGGAAGUGCAGAUGCUGCGUUUUGCUUUCCUGUUCAUUUGUGUCUGCGUCCCCAACUAGACUGAGCUCGUUGUGGUCAGGAUUGAGUCUUGUUCAUUUAUGGAUCCUCAGGGUCUAGCCCGGUAUCCUGCUUGGAGCAAGUAGGCAGGUACUUAAUAAAUGUUGCUGCGUAAAGAACGUCUGGAGAGCUGGAGGGGGGCGCCAUGAAGGGGUCAGAGAGUGCAUGCAAGUCCUGGGUCAGUGUCCAAGCACCUGGGAGGUCCCGGCUUGGGGGAAGAGACAGUCUCCCAUACCCCUGGCUGUACUACGGAGAUGUCCAUUCUUCGGGGGCCUCAGGAGAGACAGACUGUCUUGUUAGUUCCUCCACGGGCUUUGCUGAGCGUCUGCUAUGCGCCCAUCACCGUGUUCAGGUGGGAGGUGAAGACAGGUGCCCUUCCGUCAGGAGACCUGCUGUGCGGUGCUUGGGGUGUGUGCCCCUGUCCGCAGCCCGAACCUCCUUUCCUUCCCAACCUCGGUCACCACCGUCCGUAAUCCUCCUCUCCAUUCGCUGAGUACCACUCACCACCCAGCUGCCACAUCCUCGUCCUCAUCUGCCCCGUCUGCAGCAUCCUCACCUGCCUGCCUCCCCAGCAACUGCCCGCUAGUGGUGGAGGAGUGUGGAAACCACGCCAGGUUCCUAGGAGCCUCAAAGGCUGUGUAUUCUCACUCUCACGUCAUCACAGAGAGGGCAGCAUUGGGAAUCCUCCCAGCUUUUAACAAAGGAGAAAUUGAGGGAUGUUUGAACGGAACCCCGGUUUCCAGACCCCCCAGUUCCUUCCCCCAUUCCAGCACCAGACCUGAAACUCAGAAGUCACCCUUCCUCAUCCUCUUUGGGACCACUUCCCCUGCCGCCUUGGUCUUACUCCCCUCAAUUGUAAUCUCCCUCUCCUGAGGAGCCACGUGAAUCUUGGGAAAGCGGGAGGG